GCCGUGUGGGAAAACUAACCCUAUAAAGGUGUGUAUCAAUUGAACCUUAUUGUUUUUUUGUUUGUUUUAAAGAUAAGGUCCUUAUGCUGCCAAAACCGUACUGCAAGCGAUACGUGUUAAUGUUCUUAUCAAAACUCCCCUGUAUAGAAGACGCCUUCGUCCAAUGACUCUUAUCUGUAAUGUAAUGGAACUGAGAGUCAUGAUGAAGGGCUACGAGAUUCCUAGAUGUGAGAAGUGUGCAGGAGGGGCAUGAUUCAAAGGAAUUGGGUACUAAUGGUGCUGGCGCUUAGAAGUGUCCGGUGAGAUAAAUGCAGGUUGAGGUUGCCAGGAUCGGAGGAGCACAGAAGGUGUCGUAAGCUAAGACAGUGAAGAGAGUAGAAGAGGAAGAUGGGUCCAGGAGGAGGGACCCUAAGAGGCUUGCUAAACCUCAUCACACGAGAGCCUGAAGCGGCUCACGAGGGAACGAUGAUGCGUUACUGGGGCGAGAUCCCCGGGCCGGCAGGUGCCCCACCGAGCCGCAGCUCCUUCGACCUGCUCCAGCGCGAGUUCCGCUCGGUGGAGAUGCAGGACCCCCCUCUGCACCAGCCCUCGGCCCAGCGGCCCCGGCCCACCACCAUGCUGGACAUUCCCUCUGAGCCCUGCAGUCUCACCAUCCACACAGUGCAGCUAUGCCAGCACACCCGACGCCUCCGCGGCCUCCUGGCUGCAGCCCAGGGGAAAGGUCUGGUCCCCUCAGAGGGCGGUGGUGCUGGAGGAAGUAGCAGGCUGGAGGAAGGGGAGGCUCUGCCCCCAAGGCCACCCACACCGCCGGCCGCCCCCGAUGACCUGCUGCCCCUGGACAGCAAGGCACCCUGGCAGCCCUUCCAGCUCUGCCACAGCGACCCUGAGAGUGACUUUUACAUGGGAAAAGGUGAGCCCGUCACGGAGCUGAGCUGGCCCUCGUGCCGACAGCUCCUGUACCAGUCAGUGGCCACAGUUCUGGCCCACGCCGGCUUCGAGUCGGCCCAGGAGAGCGUGCUGGAGACCCUGACUGACCUGGCCCACGAGCACUACCUGCGCCUCAGCCGACUGCUGCGCACGUCCGCGGACCGCGAGGCCCGCCUGGGCGCCACACCCUUCCCGGACGUGGUAGAGCAGGUGUUCCACGAGGUGGGCAUCGGCAGCGUGCUGGCCCUGCAGCGCUUCUGGCAGGUGCGCAUCAAGGACUACCACAGCCACAUGCUCCAGGUCAGCAAGGAGCUGUCGGAGGAGUAUGAGCGGCUGGUGAACCCUGAGAAGGCCCUGGAGGACUCCAAGCCCCCGCGGAUCAAAGAGGAACCAAUGAAUGACAUUGCCUUCCCCGUCAGCGAGGAGCCAGAGGCGGACCAGGCCUCUGGGGAUCAGGCCCUCCCCAUGGGGGUUCUGGGGGCCCCAAACGAGAGGCUGGCUGGGGGCCUGGAGGGGGAACACUCACCACACACCUCAGGCAGUGGAGUUGCCAUCAGCUCCCCCUUGUGGCACCUGUCGCAGGUGAAGAUGGAGCCCCAGGACAGCGAGGAGGGCCAGGUGUCAGGCCACGGGGUACUGGGAGGUGAUGUGUUCGAGGAGGGAGGGCCCAUGUCCACCAUGAGCGAGGCAGACGGCAUGGCGCCCUCGCCCGGAGGGGCGGCGUCCGACGGCAGCUACGCCUCGCACUCUCCCGACUCACUCAUGAGCACGUCACCUGUCUUCAACCAGAAGCCCAGGAAACGCAUGAAGAAGAUAUGAGGAGCCUCAGACUCGCGGAGGUAGCCAUUUUGUGUCAAGGUAACAUGGGCACAUAGUGGCCAUACGAAACAUUGCAAGGUUGCAAACAAAAUCCGAUGCCGUUGUCCAUUUUCCCCAAACAGAUCUGAAAGUAUUGGAUAGGUCACAGCACGAGGGCCAUGCGCGCUAGUUGGUGGCAGAACAUGGGAGUUAUUCUAGAAUGCCAGCAAAAAAAGCCUCUAUUUACAUGUUGCUUAUGAAUGCAUUUCACACUACUUUUGGAUUAUAAUUGGAUUUUAAGGCUCGUGUGAAUGUCCUGCUUUAUAUAAUAUGUGUGUCAUCAUCGCAAAUCAACUGCAUUAUACGUUUAAAAAAAACACUUAACCUUCAACCAGUAAAAUGGCUCUAUGACAAUGAGCGUUAGCAUUCUAGCGAACAACUGCUCCAUGCAAAAUAGUUAUUUUGCAAAGAUCACAAACAAAUGUAAUCUUAGCGACUGUUCAAGCAUUGUAAAAGUUAUUUUGUUUAGAAGUAAUAUAGUCUGUUGAAUGAGCGCAGCCAAGAGUCACGCACAUCUGUGGGUGACGUCAGUGUGUUGUGUACUGGAAAGGGGUCUAUAUGUCCUAGUGUUGCACGGUAUACCGGUACCACGGUAAUAUCACAGUACCAAAAUGUCAUGAUACUUAUGAUACCAACAUUUACAAAUACAAGUACUACCACAUAUUUCGCCCCCACCGAUCUAAAGAACCCACUGGCGCCUGUUCUAAAAUGUUUACAAAGUCAGUUUUGUUUAUAAAUACACUUAAAUUUAAGCGAACUAGUCUUGUAUGUGCCAGUCCAAUAAAGUCCACUUCACUUUCAUGCGCAUAUCACGUGUGGCAGCUGUAAUCCACCAGCCACAUCCCCUAUCAGCCCUUACUCACCUGCUUUUCUCCUUCCGCUCUUCCUGCACAUCUAUUUCAUCAGUUUUAAAAUAUAAUUUAGCUGUGAUGGCAAGCGGGGAUGCAGACCCGGAGGGGUCUUCAGUUAAAUGUUGAAGCAGAGCGAGAAAAGUUAAUAUAUUGUCAAAUUGUAUUGGUCACAUACACGUGUUGAGCAGAUGUUAUUGCGGGCGUAGCGAAAUGCUUGUGCUUCUAGCUCUGACAGUGCAGUAAUAUCUAACAAGCAAUAUCUUAUCAAUUACACAACAUAUACCCACAAAUCUAGUAAAGGAAUGGGAUUUAAGAAUAUAAAAAAUAUAAUUUCAUCCCUGGUAUAACCAGGACCACAGUCCAAUUUGAGUAGGCUUUGCAAGUUCGCUGUCAUGCAGCCUCUUUAAAUGCCAGAGAGGAAAAGCAGCUUGGCUAAAGACAUGAUUGCAGUAUUACAGCUUGUCUAGCUCAAACAGUUUAAAAAAAUGUAUAUAUUCCUGCGCAAUUUCAUGCUUUUUUAAUAAUUUCACAAACCAUGUUGCGGGCCGUUUGAAUCCAGGCUCGCUAAUUAUUGGUUUGAUAAGAAGAAAAAAACGUAGUUCAGUCAUGUUACCUAGCAAACAAUCUUGUAACUUGACAGUUCAUGUAAGGAAAUCAGUCAAUUUUAAAGAAAUUCAUUAGGCCUCAAUUUAUAGAUUUCAAAUGCCUGGGCAGGGACGCAGCCAUGGGAGGGCAUAGGCCCAUCCACUUGGGAGACUGUUCCACCCACUGGGGAGCAAUGCCCAGCUAAUUUUCCCCACAAAAGGGCUUUGUUAUAGACCAAAAUACUCCCCAGUUUCAUCAGCUGUCCGGGCGGCUGGUCUCAGACGAUCCCGCAGAUGAAGAAGCAUGAUGUGAAGGUCUUGGGCUAGCAUGGUUACACGUGGUCUGCAGUUGUGAGGCGGGUUGGAUGUACUGCCAAAUUCUCUAAAGCGACAUUGGUAGAGAAAUUCAUUCAAUUCUCUGGAAACAGCUCUGGAGGACAUUCCUGCAGUCAGCAUGCCAAUGCCAUACUCCCUCAAAGACAACUGUGGCACUGUGUUGUGUGACAAAACUGCACAUUUGAGUGACUCAAAUCAAAUGAAAUGUGUUUAUAAAGCCCUUCUUACAUCAGCUGAUACCUCAAAAUGCUGUACAUAAACCCAGCCUAAAACCCCAAAGAGCAAGCAAUGCAGGUGUAGAAGCACGGUGGCUAGGAACAACUCCCUAGAACGGCCAGAACCUAGGAAUAAACCUAGAGGAACCAGGCUAUGAGGGGUGGCCAGUACUCUUCUGGCUGUGCCGCGUGGAGUGACCUUUUAUUGUCCCCAGCACAAGUUGCAUCUGUGUAAUGAUCAUGCUGUUUAAUCAGUUUCUUGUUAUGCCACACCUGUCAGGUGGAUGGAUUAUCUUGGCAAAGGAGAAAUGCUCACUAACAGGGAUGUAAACAAAUGUGGACACCAAAUUGGAGAGAGAUAAGAUUUCUAUGCAUAUGGAACAUUUCUGGAAUCUUUUAUUUCAGCUAAUGAAACAUGGGACCAACACUUUCCAUGUGUCAUUUGUAUUUUUGUUCAGUAUAUUAAAAUAAAAUCUCUCUUUCUGGUGCCCCUUAAAUUAUGCUUGGUGACUAUCAUUUUUAAAGUUGGGAGCAGUGUGUAUGUGUUUGUGGGAGAGAGAGUGGUGUGUGUUUAUGAGAGAGAGGGAGGCAGUGUGUGGGUCUCUUAACUGAAGAGUAAAGAAAAUGUAAUGUAGCGUUUUCCCCUUACUGCCACAAUGUCAUGCAGAUCAUUAUGCAUGUAUAUUCCUUCCUCCAACCAAAUCACAAGUAGGUCUUUGGAAGUAUGAUAAAAUCAGCCAUUUCUAUGCAGUAUUCUAUUAUACAAGUGAACAGUGUGAAGUUAUUCAAUAUGUGUUGUAUUGAGUAGAAGUGUGAAUAUCAGUGAGUUUUUUUGUGUGUAGCAUAUGCACAUAACGUUUAGAAACAUGAACAAGCUUCAGUGGGGGAUGGGGCGAAGAUGACGCUAGGUCACUCAUUUUUUUUCUUCCUGUGGUGUUGCAAUACUACUCGGUAUUGUGAGACUUGGGUUGAUAUCGUAUCGUUAGUAAAAUGUUGGUAUUGUGACAACACUAAUAUGACCAAAACGUAACCCAGUGUCAGCCAUUUUGCAUACUUCUAUCCAAUCCUUUCAGAUACUAUGAGGGUAUAUGGGUGCUGGGUUGGCUUAGAUUUGGGUGUGCGUCGGAAAGGCUGUUGAGUAGUAGAGGUGGCCAUUCUAUCUACUGAACUGGGUGGUCAUACAAAGUUCUUCAGAAGGACCAUUGAGAGACUGCAGAAUGCAAAUGGAUGGCCAUGAAAGGAAAUAACAAGAUGGCGCGGUUACACACAUUCUGUGGAUCGGGUAGUACUUAUUUUCUCUAUUUUCAAAAUGAUUUAAUGGCUCUUAGUUUUGUUUUUUUCCACCAACUCCUCACUUGAUGAACAGAUGGUGAAGACAUUGUAGUUUAGGUUCUUGCAUGUAGGAAACAUUAGUUGGAUAAAUGCUUUCUUUGAGAUGGUGUUAAUUUAAUGUUAAAAUGAAUAAAUGCCUUCUUUAUGUCAAA